AGAACAGGUUUGUCCUCUUUCCUGUAUUUUUUGCGACCCACAAUUAUUAAUUUCUACGACUCCGACCCACGAGUCAAACAACCACAACCCCCCUUUGUGACACGACUUCUUGUAAAGAUAGAACGACCCAGCGUUGGGGUUCGUCUUUGCUGCCGAGAUCAGCAGUACUCUCUUCUUUUACGGAGUGAUUGCAAACAAGGUUUAUUUAUCAUCCACCCAGCGACCGCCGCAGUAAACUCGCGUGAACAAAAAUAGCUAGAGGAAAAAACUACAAGAGACUGCUCAUCUUCUUCUUCAACCAAUGUACUGUGGCACGACGAGCAGCAUGGGCACGCCUGGCGGGCGGCACACGACAGCGAUCGCCGCCGUGGUGGAGACAAGGACGGUUCGGAUUCCUGCAAAACGCUAUCCGGGGAACAACUUCGCAAAAGGGAAAGUCGCAAGCUGCCUACGCGGCACAUCAACAAGAACUUCCGGCCGAAUGUUUUUCAGCAUCUUCUGCGCACCGCGCGUGUUGCGCCGUGGUUGCCGCAAGAACUACGUCGUCAGUUCCUACCCGCUUAAGCUGCUGGCCCCCUUGUCGUUCCUCGGUAAAAAUUUGAUCACGGGCGAAACCGAUCAAGGGUCCUCGUUCGUCGUCCUUGCCGUGCAAACGGACAGCAUGAGGAAUGUCAUGGACACGACGAGCCCCACGGACACGAUCAAGAACACCGACCAGCCCGAGCACAACAGCGAUGGCGGCUUCGAACUCGGCUGUUUCGCAUGCGACGGCACCCCAUUGGAGGCGAAUAAAUGUGAAGACAGCAGUCCCGAUGAAAAACAAUGGGGAUUUUUGUUGGAAGAUCCCGCAGACGAUCCUUCCCCUCCUGUGUCGUCCGUCCUGCAGAAAGACACGUUGGCGCCUCGGUCAGCCAAGCAAGCGGAAGCCUUUGGUCAGGGAACAGGAGGCGGUUGUUGCGGUGGUGAUGGUGGUAGCGAAGGAGCGCCGAAUUACACGCGCACAGCUAAAAGUCAAAAUGCGCAAGAACCUCCAGCAGGUAACGAUCCACGGCAUCCAGCGCCGCAGGAGCGUCUGCAAGAGCGCCCGCCAUCAAAACUGGCGUCCUCCGCGCCGGUACAACGGCUUGGCGGAGGUGGUCCUUUUCCAGUUCUGCCACCGGGCGGGGCGACUGGAGCUGCUUCUGCUGGUGCUGGUCAUCAAGGUGCUGGACCUCCAGCGGCUACAAGUACGACCCCACGUUCCCAGAAGCCUGGUGGUGGAGGUGCUGACCAGCAAAGUGCGGCAGCGCAGCAUGGUGCUCUGCAAUCGGUGGAUCAUGAUCUGUCCACAGUGCCGCAAAAAGCAGGAAGUGCUGCUCCUCAUCCCAAAAAAGCUUCUCCGCCGCCAGCUGCGCCUGCUGACGCUUCCGCGGACGCCGCGAAUGCAGCUGCUGGUGCUGGUCAAGAGCCACCCGCAGGAAGUAGUACGUCUACGACACUACCUUCCGCACCACUGCAGCAUGGUGCUGCCGGAGCAGGAGCUAGGCAAUCGGCGAAUCUUCUUUCCUCACCGCCGUCUGGGGACUCUGCUCUUCGUGGAGAUCCCGAAGAUGCUCCAAAAGCUUCUCUGACGCCACCCCCAGCACCUGCCGGAACAAGUGACGCUGGCGGGGCUCCCUCCCCAGGAAAGGGUACAAAAGCAAAAGGCAAAGUUGUGGCUGCUAAACAUGUUCCGUUUGCUUCCGGCCCUGAAGAGGUUAUAGACAUUCCGGGGCGUGAUCGUCCUCGUCCUCGUGAGGAAGACCAGCAAGCCCAAGCGCCAGCGCCUUCUGAAGAUCAUGAUGAUUCUCAACUUGUGGGGCAACAACCAGCAGCAAACACUGUCACAGGGAAUACGCACCCUGCUGCAGCGUGGUGGCUCACCGCCGGUGGGCCACAACCUCCACCUGUGCACCCGGCAGAAGGAGCAUUAGCUGCUGAAGCUGGUGCUGGUUCUGAAAGGGGUGACCGCAGGAGUCCCGUGACGACUCCUUUAAAACCGGCCACCGAGGAAGAACAGAAGUCGCCUUUUCCUCAAUCUGCUCCUCAACGCGGUUCUGCUGCUACCAGCAGCAGCAAGCCAGGUCUACGCACUGCAAAUCAAUGCUAUGUAUACGACCACGCCGGUCACGUGGAGCGUUUUUCUUUCUAAAGCCAACAACGUUGACAAGCCAAGGGUAUCCAAAAGUUCGUCGCCGCCUAAAUUAUCGGAAGUAGAGGGUGUUGGCCUAAACGCUGACGCUCUAUGUUUCGUUUGCAUCGGUAAAAGCAAAUAAAAGCAUCCGCCUGUUUUUUUCUUUACACUCUUUUAUCUCGUGUCGCUCGUGGUCGUCGUCCUGAUUAACGAUUUGCAUUCCAUACUUGGGGGAUGCGCAGCACCAGCCACCAGGGAGUUCGGAAAUUGGAAGGCACCUCCAGCAGCCAGAACCAUCGGCGAAACCGGACGAACAGUCUGCGGACACGCCACCAAAGCAAAUUCUUGUGAUGCGCACCUCUAACCGAUUUUCGAAAGACGAGAUAGAAAUGGCGGACGGAAAGAAACGACUGGACUUCGACCCGCCGCCUAUCCAAUGCACAGACUAACAUUCUUCUUGUCUCAUCUCGAGGUCUGCCACAGAAAAAAGCCAGAGCUGUUUGAUAUGGUGCCUUCAUUUUAGAGAGAAGUAUCUUCAACCAGUUUUGUUUGAUUUCAAUUGAAGAAGCGCGAUGCAGCUUCAGGUUCCAAACGCAAAAUCGAAUAGCAACAGCCCACAGUUCCUUUCGAGGAACUGCGUGCCAUCGGCAUAUCAUUCCGCUGCUGACGUCGAGGAGCAGAAACAAUACUGAGUCUUGUUGGCACGGAUGAGGAGACUACUUACAUGAUCAGCAAAUUGUAUGUUGGCGGUGCUGUGUCUCUGUGCAUAGUUUUGUAGCUUGGCCUCCCGCGCAAAAAUAGAAGACGAUAUCUUUGCAUUGGAUGAUGGUUAGGCCAGGUGUUGAAGAAUCGGCAAAAAGAAUUGGAGAGACGCUGAACGAACAUGUGAAAGCAGAGCUCCGGAAAGAAAUGAACGACCCCUCCUUCAAGCAAGAUGAGUCUAUGUGGCGUGAGUCCAUUUUCAAGAAAGUGGUCUUCCUCUGUUCCCCACUGUUGCGGUCUAUGCAAACUCUCGACGCUUUAUUUAUUUCAGGCAACGAGCUGUGUUAGUGUGAGCUUCAUCAUGAAAUGACUAGAUGACAAGUUGGCCCGUAGAUUUCCUUUUAUGUCAGAAAUUGCUUGCGGCGACGGCGUCAAGGGAUUUCGAUGAGGGUCCGCUUGAACAAUGUACGUGCCAACUUGGCUUUGCAUGAGUGUGACAAGGAAAUAAAUUGCCUUUCGGAUACCCACAACGGUCAUGGAGAGCAAAGGCCAUCUCGGUGGUGCUGCAUUAAGGCAAGCGUGGCUCUACUCUUGUUGCAUGUUCUGCGUCGAUGCAAACUUUCACUACUAACUAAGCUUUUUGUUGCCUUGCAUAUUGUUGGAAGGCAUGGGUGUAUUUUCAGACGACAACGGAGGACGCGACGGCGUACCUAGGAUUGUUCCGCAGAUCUUCUUAGUUCCUGAAUUGCGGGAAAUCAAAGCAGAACGUUUCCAAAAGUGCGAUGGCGGGGUGUGGAAGAUUAAAACGCCUGGGGGAGAGCCGGUGUGCGAAAGUGGGAAAGCCAAAACUCAUUCGAAUGAAGAAGCCGUCUGGGGAGAGGAAAAUAAAGGUACUGUGUCUUCCGACUGGGACAGAAGCUCGCACCACAAGGUAUGACAAGCAGAAAUUUUGCAGUGGCAAGCGUUGCAAUGUAGGGACGUUGAACUUCCUUCUAAUUACAAGCAGGGACGGAGCCCACGGCUACGGCUAAUUUAUGCAUUAACAUUAUAUUUAUACGAACAAUUUUGAGCAAGACAAAGAGUAGUGCUUAGUUGGGCAUGAUGUAUAAAACUGUAGCUAGUGACACCGUGUAACAAUGUAAUCGUCCAUGUCCAUACUGAUUUUCUUCCGCAAAGCUCUUUCUCUUGAUUUGAAUUUGAUUUCAUGUUGCACCGCUUGAGAUUGCAAGUCUUGAGCGAGUCAUGCCAGAAUAUUCGAUUCCUCAACGAUUUUUUCAUGAGCGGCAACCUCGACGCAGCAUUUUAUGACGCGCAGGCCGGGAGGGAAAAAUGGAACGAAGUGCAUGCCAGCUGGAACAGCAACGAUGGUGUCAAGUUCGGGCCCAGAGGGUCCGAGAAGCUAGCGGGAAAAACCUCCCACGAUUUUUUUGUGCAGAAGCUGUAUCAGAUUCAGAAGACGCUCUGUAGGUCCAUCUGAACCUGCCCCACCAUAUUUUAUUGUGUUGCAGUCUUCGGGCUCGGCGAUCGGGAUCGCAAUUCGAAUUCAAGUCGCUUAAAAAUACCUUGUCUUCAUUUAGGUAUCUAUCAUAUUCACCACGGAGAAGUCAUUGAUUGUCAUGAGAUGUAUUCAUAUUUCGAGUUUGGUAUUGUUUAUGUUUUACAUGUUCAUGUCUCAUUUUUAGCCUUACCUGCAUGCAAAAGAAAAUAUGGUGUUGCGCCACAUUGGGCGAUAAGCGUUGCUUUUUCAUCCGUGAUAAACUGGAGCUGGGAAUUUCCAGCCAGACUAAGGAUACGAAUCGACGCACUUACACGAUACCGGGCAACCCCGUGUUCGACUACAGGCUGAGGGACAAAAUUGUGGUCGUCGUCACUCUAUCAGGCGUAAAGUCGUCGAAGUCAUUUGCAUUCGGAAUCAUACAGGAGUAGGCAGCAAAUCGUCAGCAUGGCCUGGCCUUGCCGCAGUGACGACGAUGUAAGUUUCCUAUAACGAAGAUGGUGUACAUGUGAUAAAGUCGUUUUCAUUUUUCGACAAGACGACCUUCCUUCGUAGAAGGCGAAUACACGGAGGCGGCCCCUUGUAGAAUUGAUGCCGCAUGGGCAUGCCGCGCACAAUUUACGGCGAUACAGACUUGAGGGUGGUCUUGUUUACCGACUUUGUUGCAUCACUACAAAAAACGACAAAAGUAGAGUUGCUACAGAAAACAGAUGAGUUCUGAAGACGCAAAAGAUGGUGAGUCAGGCUUCCGCCUCAUCCCCUUGAUUCAAAGUGGCAUGUUCACUGAGACGCUUUUGCACAGGAUAGAUUCACGCCGGCGUUCUGGACGCAAAUUUUUUUCUGCACGACGCCAGCCUUCCCCUUCCGCCCGAUCAGGUUUCAAGCGCGGAGAGCAUCGAUCCGAAUGUUGAUUCUCCCGCUUUGGAGACGCUGUUUCAAGUCGAGAAAUCCAUCCCUAAACGCACGUGGCUGAAACUCAGCCGGUCCAUAUGGCUGUUGACACCGUCGCCGGAGUGGAACACUGCGAAAAUGAAGUACGACAAAAUGAAUGGUGGCUGUUGUAUGUUGGCGAAGAACGGGAAUUGUCGGUCAGCAUAUUACCUCGAGUAUGAGAUGGGACAAAACCAAGACGACAGGUGGCAUUGUCAACACGCCCGUGCCAUCAGUCUGCCGCCAGAAGCUGCUGAGGCGCAUCCGGUUUGAAAAUCACAUCCCUUCUGCUCUACCUUGCUUGUUUGGCCUGAACUACGAAGAGAGCGAAAGCUCCGUGCCAGCUCUGUGUCAUUUCAUAAAUACUUAAUAGCACAGAGCUGUUGUGAUGGCGAAGCAUAGUCAUAUGUUAGUCAUUUUAUUCUACUUGGCGUCGUCAACUUAAUGGACAUCGAGCGGCAAAGGAAAAGCUCAAGUCAUCACGUUCUAAUAAAAAGGAAGUAAGUACUAGGUCUUCCGCCUACAGCAAUCUGUUGUACUAGGUCCGUGUUGAGUCUGCGCCUAAAGCAAUGUCCAAUAGGGUACUUACUGUACUGUGAAAAAA